UCCAUCCUUACACUAUAGUUUCAUUUUGAUUUCUGUCAUUCAAACUCCUAUUAUAGCGGGAAUGGGCAGCUUGUAUCCCCACUAUGAAGAAGAAAACAACUCUUCCAACACUGCUCACCUUCUAAAUCCAGAAGAAUUUAGGAGGCAAGGUCAUAUGAUCAUAGAUUUCAUAGCUGAUUAUUACCAAAACAUGGAAAAAUACCCUGUUCUAAGCCAAGUCCAACCUGGUUACCUUGCCAAACUUCUACCAAAGUCCGCCCCUAAUAUUCCAGAGCCUAUUGAAACAAUCCUCCACGAUAUCCAACAAUACAUCAUUCCCGGCAUAACUCACUGGCAAAGCCCCAACUACUUUGCCUACUUCCCUUCAAGUGGCAGCAUUGCUGGCUUUCUUGGAUAGGUGCUUAGCACCGGCUUCAAUGUGGUGGGGUUCAAUUGGAUAUCAUCACCAGCCGCGACUGAGCUUGAAUUCGUAACCAUGGAUUGGCUUGGCCAGAUGCUUGGGCUUCCUCAAAGUUUCCUUUUCUCUGGAACUGGCGGUGGUGUUAUACAAGGGACUACAUGUGAGGCCAUUUUAUGCACACUAGUAGCUGCCAGAGAUCAAAUGUUAGCCAAAGUGGGGAGAGAGAACAUAGGGAAGUUAGUUUUUUAUGGGUCAGACCAAACCCACUGUGCACUUUUAAAGGCAGCUAAAGUCGCUGGUUUAGAGUGUAAGAACUUUAGGGCGAUUAAGACAAUGAGAUCCACAGCAUUUCAACUAUCCGCAGAAUCAUUGAGAACAACAAUAAGAUUGGACGUUGAAGCUGGACUUAUCCCAGCUUUUCUUUGUGCCACCAUCGGGACAACAUCAACGACUGCCGUUGAUCCAAUACGGUCGUUAAGUGAAGUAACCAAAGAGUAUGGAAUGUGGAUCCACGUUGAUGCAGCUUAUGCAGGAAGUGCCUGUAUAUGCCCUGAGUAUCGUCAUUUCAUUGAUGGGGUAGAGAAUGUAAACUCAUUUAGUUUCAAUGCCCAUAAAUGGUUCUUCACUACUUUGGAUUGUUGUUGUCUUUGGGUUAAAGAUCCUGGUGCACUAACAAAGUCACUCUCUUCAAGUGCUGAGUACCUCAAAAAUAAUGCAAGUGAUUCCAAACAAGUUGUGGAUUACAAAGACUGGCAAAUAACCCUUAGCAGAAGGUUUCGCUCCAUGAAGUUAUGGCUUGUUUUGAGAAGCUAUGGUGUGGAGCAUCUUAGGAACUUCCUAAGGAGCCAUGUAAAAAUGGCAAAACGUUUCCAACAACUGGUCGAAAGUGACAAUAGGUUUGAAGUGGUGGUGCCAAGGAACUUUGCAAUGGUAUGUUUCAGGGUUUUGCCAACAACACUUAAAAAGGAGCCGAAUGGGUACAACAUUGAAAGUGGAAAUAUUGAAGCAAAACUUAUCGACCAGGAAUAUGCAAAUGACUUCAACCGGAAUUUGCUAGAGACGGUGAAUGCGUCAGGCAAAGUUUUUAUGACUCACACUAUAGUUGAGGGUAUUUAUGUGAUACGGUUUGCUGUUGGUGCCACUCUGACGGAGGAUAAACAUGUUAUCAAGGCUUGGAAAGUGGUGCAAGAGACGGUUGAUGGCAUGUUGGCUACUAUAUAA